CAGGGAGCACUGGGAACGAGUGUCGUGUCGAAAAAAAAAUUAUAUAAUGAAUAAAAAUCAGACUGGUCAAAUGAGAAAGAUGAGGAGAGAAAGACAACGAUAGAGGAUCAGCAUUCAAUGCUUCUCUCGUGUGGACUAGCUAGAGACUCCUGGGUUCGCAGCGCCGAGGACGAUGACGACGCCGACAACCGAAAAAAAAAAUCCCCAGGACAGACAGCAAACGCAGGCCUGGGAUCGACAGGGCCAGGGUGCGCUGGCUCCUGGGGGGGUUUUUUUUUGCUGCUCCCUGAGCGGAGGGUGUCUUGAAUCCACGGCUUGUAGGAAGGUGGAAGCUACUAGGGAUGCCAGACAGCCAGAUAGAGACACUCGAGCCACUAUUCGCCUGCCUUGCGGGGCGGCUCUGAAACCGGGGAGGGGAAAAAUUCCCUGGAAUAAUGAUAAUUCACUAUUCUUGUUCAUCAUAGCCGAUCGCUGGGCCUGUUUAUUAUUCGAUAACGGGUCGUAUUGGAUAGAAAUAGGUAGAGGCUGUCCACUGUGCACUGUACACUGUACCUUUUUUCUUCGCAGGGACAUGCCAACGCAUCCCUUCAAUCGUCAGGAAUGCCUCCAGGCAGUUCUGAAGCUGUAUCAGAUACCAGGGCGAGGAAGUCAAAUAAUAUUCAAACAGGCGUUUCAGAGUGGAUUCAGAGUAGAAUCGAGGCUAUGGAGAAGUCCCUCCUGAGGCUGUGAAACUGACAGGGUGUGUGCGUGGCAUUAAUUUAAGUGAUUAGUCAGCGGUCGGCUAUUCCACCUUCAAGAACCCAGUAGAUAGUAACAAGUGUAACUAUGUGGUGAUUAUAUCCGGUGAAAAAAGCCAAUCAUUACUAGUAUGUACU